UCGAGCUAAAAGUUGGAUACAGAUUCUUUGAAUAUUUUUUUUAUCGAAGUAAUCCGCGAUUUACGGUUAAAUGUCGACAAAAGCAGAAGGACCGUCAUCCCCGCGACGAUUUUUCGCCCGAAUUUAUGGGCAUCUCGAAACGAAAACAGUCGAGGGUAACAACGACGAUGAUCAGAAGAGAUCUAAAGCGAAAUUUAGUCUCGAUUUGUCUUCGAAUAUAGUUUCUUGCGAUAAAAACACGACGUCCGAUGCAGACACGUCCAGUGACUCUCCGAACAACGAAAUUACACAGGUAUCAGGGAUAGGAAAAGGAUUUUCAGGACGAAUCGACGAGUCGAACACCAACGAAACGAGGAAAUUGGUGAACAAUGGGAAAGAAGAAAAUCCCGAUUUCUCGACUCUAAGAUUGCCAUUCUUUCACGGAGUUUUUCCUAGAGUACCCAACAUCCCCUUGACGCAGAUCGCGUAUCCUCCGACGCUUCCGCCACAUUUUCAUAAUUUGCCAUACCAUCCGACGCCGGAACAUUACUUGCAAGGAUUCUCUGCGUUCUUAGCUCGCAGGAGAAGAAAAGAAGGACGACCUCGACGGCAAAGAACAACUUUCAGCGGUGAACAGACGUUGAGAUUGGAAGUUGAAUAUCGCAGAGGGGAAUACAUAUCCAGGGGACGAAGAUUCGAACUCGCCACGUCCUUGUGUCUCACGGAAACGCAAAUAAAAAUUUGGUUUCAAAAUCGACGCGCCAAAGAUAAAAGAAUCGAAAAGGCACACUUCGAUCAACAUUACCGGUAUUUUGCAGUUUCGAAUGGACUGAUCAAUUUGCCAAUUUGUGGCAAGGAUAGGUACUGCGAGUUCUGUUUCUACAAGGAAACGUUCGGAUCGGCAGUCAGUCAUUCUAGUGUUUCGAUAAAUCCUGUAAGUGGAAACUUGAUAAAACAGCCGAACUAUGAUAGCAGCGGAAGUGAAAAAUCAGACACGUUGAAUACGCUACUUCCGGUUUAAAGUCUCAGUGAAUCCAGAAUGACUAGUAACGCUAAAUCUUUGUUACACGGAGCAUUAUAUAAAUGGUACACCUUUCCUUUAGAUUUACAAUAUUUAGUCGAUAUAUAUGUGGUACUAAAUUUUGAAUAAUUCGAUCAGACAAAAUAUUUAUGAUAUAAAUAGUGGCAGUACGGAAUGUAUG